AAGGAAAUGAUGUGGUAAUGGUCUUCUAAUUACAUUGAGGUGCAAGGCAACUUCCUUCUGCAGGGUAUGCUGCACUACCGCUCCGGCAUCGAGGAAAGUUUCCUAGCUCUUCUAACGUAGAUGAAGUUAAAGAAGGGUAUUCAACACAGUCCUUUGGAUUAUGAUGGUCGUUUUAAGUUGUAAAAGUUUAUGGAAGAAAACAACGACGGGCGAUGUCGACUGAAAUUGGAAGCUUGUGUUUCAAGAGAUCGAGCAAAAAUACAGUCUCCUGGUUCCAGACAGAUGACUCGAUAGCCUACCCUGGAAAGUAGCCUACAUAUUUGUCCGUCCGAAAGCACUUCAUUAAUUUGUUCUCGAUAAAGAUCUACAGCAUCAGAUGGCAUUAUGAUUCUCCCGGUCUUAAUAGUGCUGGUCUCCCCCUCUUUUUGUAUGCAAGCAGAUAAAGCAGCAGUGCUUGGCACGGAGGAAUUUGAGUGCGUGUGUGAGGGUGGGUCUUGCGGUGACGGUCCGCGGUGCUCCGGGCUCCAGUGCUACGCCUCCCUGUCCGUCCAGAACGGGACCUCCCAGCUCCAGAAGGGCUGUGGAGGGGCUGACGCCUGCAGAGGACCCCCCCUGCCCAACCUGACCCUGCAGUGCUGCCAGGGGCCCCUGUGUAACAUGAACAUCACCAUGGAGACGGUGGUCAGAGACGAGGAGGCGAAGCCGGUCUCGCGGGACCACGAGUGCGUGUGUGAGGGGCGCUCGUGCGUGAGCGGGGGGCGCUGCAUGGGGAGGCAGUGCUUCUCCUCGCUGACGCUGACAGACGGCACGCUGGACUACCAGAAGGGCUGCUUCAAGGUGUACGAGCAGGGCCGGCUCACCUGCAAGACCCCGCCCUCGCCCGACCAGAUCGUAGAGUGCUGCCAGGGCCACCUCUGCAACCUCAACAUCACCGUGGCGCUGCCCGCCAGAGAGCGGUCCGGAGACGGGCAGACCUACAGUGUGACCACUCUGGCCAUCGUCAUCGUCGCCCCCGUCAUCGUGCUCAUCGUGCUGUCGGGAAUCGCCAUCCUGGCGUUCCGGCGGAUCCACCAGAACAAGAUGGAGCGUCUGACGGCGCGGGACGCAGAGUACGGCACCAUCGACGGCCUCAUCGCGUCCAACGUGGGCGACAGCACUCUGGCGGAUUUGCUGGAUCACUCCUGCACUUCAGGAAGCGGCUCGGGGCUCCCCUUCCUGGUGCAGCGGACGGUCGCUCGACAGAUCACGCUCAACGAGUGUGUGGGAAAGGGGCGCUAUGGAGAGGUGUGGAGGGGGCAGUGGCAGGGCGAGAACGUGGCCGUCAAAAUCUUCUCCUCCCGAGACGAGAAGUCCUGGUUCCGGGAGACGGAGAUCUACAACACUGUGCUUCUUCGACACGAGAACAUCCUGGGGUUCAUCGCCUCGGACAUGACGUCGCGGAACUCGAGCACGCAGCUGUGGCUGAUCACGCACUUCCACGAGAUGGGCUCCCUGUACGACUACCUGCAACAGAGCACCCUGGACACAGCCGGCUGCCUGCGCAUGGCCCUGUCCAUCUCCAGCGGCCUGGCCCACCUCCACGUGGAAAUCUUCGGCACGCAGGGCAAGCCCGCCAUCGCCCACCGAGACCUCAAGAGCAAGAACGUCCUGGUCAACAAGAACGGCCAGUGCUGCAUCGCCGAUCUGGGUCUAGCUGUGAUGCAUUUCCAGGACACCAAUGAGUUAGACGUGGGGAACAACCCGAAGGUUGGCACCAAGCGAUACAUGGCCCCGGAGGUGCUGGACGACUCCAUCCAGAUGGACUGCUUCGAGUCCUACAAGAGGGUGGACAUCUGGGCCUUCGGGCUGGUCCUGUGGGAGGUCGCCCGGAGGACCGUCAGCAACGGCAUUGUGGAAGACUACAAACCACCCUUCCACGAUGCAGUUCCCAGUGACCCCAGUUUUGAGGACAUGAGGAAGGUCGUGUGUACGGACCAGCAGAGACCCAAUAUCCCGAACAGAUGGUUCUCCGAUGCGACUCUAACAUCGAUCUCUAAACUAAUGAAGGAGUGCUGGUACCAGAACCCAUCUGCCAGGCUGACUGCUUUACGUAUCAAAAAGACGCUCACAAAGAUCGACAACUCUCUGGACAAAAUCAAGGCGGACUGUUGAACGUCUUCCAAAGAGGGAGGCUGAGAGACCUUUUAUGCAUCCAGCCCAGUUCUGCCGAGUCUGGAUGGGCACAGUGCUCUUAUAGUUGCACAUAAUAUUUAUUUCAAAAGCCUGGUGGGACACAUUUUGGCAUCCAAAGAUGGCUUAGUGGAAAUAUGAAACCAGCAGUUGUCUGGGACCUUAAGUGACAAUCCUUUUAAAGAUAUAGGAAUUUUGGGAAUGGUCACCCUUCAAGGAAGAACUUUCACCUGGGCAUUGUAGGAUUCUGCUUUUUAGGGCUGCAAUUAUCUUAAACUCUGCAUCAGUUUGAGAAAUUACUUAAGAUGUUUCAUUUAUCCAAUAUAAAAAAAAUCUGUUUUGUUGUAUCCGUUUUUUUUUAUUGCACUAGCAAUCUUUGCAUUCCUUACUUGCACUGUUACUGAGGCAUUCAGAAAACAAAGACUUGCCAAAAAUGGAUUCAUUUUAUAUCCCUUCUAACACUAUAAUCUUAACAUUGGGCAAAAAGAACAAAUAUUUGUUUUUAUUUUAGCUGCAUCUAUUGCACUGGAGUUUACGGUGUUAUUGGAAAUGUUACCUUAGUUUUUUUUAAAGCAGCAAUUUAUUUAACACACUGAGUUGUAAAGCUGUGCUGAAGUUAGUUCUACUCUCUUCUCCUUGUUAAAAUGUUGUCCAGUGUACCUUAUUGCAGUUUUGUAUUUCACCGUUCACUUUUUGCAUUAUGUAUCUGUUUAUUAUGAUCUUUUUUUCAGAAGCUUUACUGAGUACAGAUGCUAAAUACAUUGAAAAAACAUUUACUAGAAUAAGAUAAACUACUACUUCUUACAGGUGUGACAGUUAUUUCUGUAAUAUAUUUUUUGAAUGUGGAGGUGUUAAAACUGUCCAGCUAAUUGAAUUAAUUCUAUUGUCUUACUAAAAUAUGUGCAUUGUAAAGUCAAAUUAUUUUGAUUUAAUCAGUAUUUUAUAUUAAGUAGUGAUUUCUAUCAUUUAAAUAGAAAAAUGCAACACUACAAACCGA